AUGGACUCUACAACCAGUAAAUUCGAUAGAGAGCGUUAUUUCUAUGGCUACGCGAAACGCCUGGUCAGGGUCUUUGAAAUAGAGGGCUGCAAUUGUCUGGAGCCUGAACAUCAUAUUGCAGUUCAAAUCAGUGAUGAUAUCCUUACGCAGAGUCUAUCACGAACACAUAUAAGUCUGGAACAACUCAAAGAGUCUUCCGAUCCGCCUCUAUUAGACCUCGGACCUGAUGUGAAACUGCUAUGUACGCAAGGAAAACAUCGACUGGAAGCAUGUCAUCUAUCAAGCACCUUAUGGACCCAGCUGUGUGAGGAGUCGUCAAAUGAGAAGCCUUUCAGCGAUGCAAUUGAGCCCAAAGGUGGUUCAAUCGAUUCGCACAAGCCACAACUUUGCCAUGGCUUCGACCAAUUACUGCCGUAUGGGGCGCUGUGGAAGGGGUUCACGGCAGAUAAUUUCCGCACCGUCCUUGACAUGGGUCAUCAUGAAGUAGGCUACAUGCUGCCCAACAGAUUGCACACGCUAAUCAGUGAUUAUAGCAAGUCUCUUAUUACCUCAAUCGAAUUUAUGAGCUGUGGUCAGCGUUCUUGCCCGAAGCGCAGGGUACAGUGGGAUGAAUUAUGUGUUGGCACCCCCCUUAUCCGAAACUCCACACCGCCCUUUAUUCUGCCGACAGAAACGCGUACACAUCGCGUUGCACACAAAUUUACAUAUAUUCUCUAUAAAUCUAAAUUUUUUUAUAUAAAUGCCUCCACCACAGCAACAGAGCUUGACCCCUGUAUGAGAGCUCGUAUAUGUGAGCUCCAUACAGAGGCGCACUGGGGUUAUAAACGGAUACACCGCGCGCACCCGGAAAUCCCUAUAUCAACUACCGUCCCUCACCGCCUGAGGAAUAACCCUACCUGA